CGAGACGUUAGGGUUUCGAGUUCGACGUUCCCGUUUGUCUCCUCGAUUCCUCUAAUUCUCAGUCUCGUCGUCUUCACUGGUUAUCGGUUAAACCGUAGAUGGAAGAAGAGAAAUCUAAGUCCAGGAAGGAUAAUUUCGAUGUAGAGAAGGAUGAUUUGAAGAAGAGUCACCGAGAUCAGGAUCGAGGUAAGGACCGGAAGAAGGAUAAAGAUUCGGAGAGGCGUCGGGAGAGGGACAGGAGACGCUCUGGGAGAGAGAAGAGUAGUGAUUGCGAAGAUGGGUACGAUAGAGAGGAGGAUGAAGAGAGGGAUAAGCGUAGGGAGAAGGAGAAGGAGAAGGAGCGGAGACGUCGGGAAAGAGAGAGGGACAAGAGACGGUCCGAGAGAGAGAAGAGUAUUGAUUCUGGAGAUGAUGAUAGAGAGGAUGAUGAGAGGGAAAAACGUAGAGAGAGGGAAAAGGAGCGGAGCCAUCGGGAACAAGAGAAAGAUAGUGGCAAAGAUAGGAAAAGAGAUAGAGAUAGAGAGAGGGAGGAGAAAAGGAAGAGAGCGAAGGGGAAAGAAAGAGAACGGGAGGACAGAGAGAAGAGGGAUUCUGAUCGGGAGGAGAGGGAGGUGGAGAGAGAUAGAGAAAGAGAAAGGCGGGAAGGUGAGAGGGAAGAUAGGGAGAAGGAUAGGAGAGAACGUGAGAAAGAAAGGGAUAGGAGGAGUCGGGACAAGGUGAGGACACAAGAGUGUGAUAGUGAAGAGAGUGAUGAAGAUGUCCGGCAUCGUGACAGGAAACGCAGAAGAAGAGAUGGGGAAGAACGGAAGGAAAGAGAGCACGAAAAGAGUGUUGGUAGAUCAAGCAGGCAUAGAGACGACAGUGAAGAUAGUCUUAAGAGGAAGAUUAUUGAGGAUGAGUCUGAAAAGAAAGAAAAGAAAACCAGGGAAGAAGAAUUGGAGGAUGAGCAGAGGAAAUUGGAUGAGGAGAUGGAAAAACGGAGGAGAAGAGUUCAAGAGUGGCAAGAGCUGAAGAGGAAAAAGGAGGAAGCUGAGGGAGAAAAACAUGGUGAUGGGAAUGAUAAUGAGCCCCAGGCUGGUAAGGCGUGGACUCUGGAAGGAGAAUCUGAUGAUGAAGAACCCUCUACAGUUGACAAAUCUGAAACAGAAAUGGAUGUUGAUGGAGAAGCUAAACCUGGAAAUGAUGAAGAUGCCAUGUUGGUGGACUCUGAGAAGGGGAUAGCUGCUGCUGCUGCCUCUCAGGAAGGAGAUGAUGGUGUGGAUGCCGAAGCGGAAAUUGAUCCUUUAGAUGCUUUUAUGAAUUCUAUGGUACUCCCGGAGGUCGAGAAGCUUAGCAAUGAUGCCCCUCCCCCAAUCAUUGAAGACGAUAAUGUGGACACUAAGAAAAAUGGCAAGCAAAACGGUGAACAACUGAAGAAAGGCUCUGAUAAGGCUCUUGGUAGGAUAAUUCAAGGGGAAGACUCUGAUUCUGAUUAUGAAGAGCCUGAGAAUGAAGAUGAUCCGUAUGUAGAUGAAGACGAUGAGGAUUUCAUGAAGAGAGUAAAGAAGACAAAGGCAGAGAAACUGUCCCUUGUUGACCAUUCAAAGAUUGACUACGAACCUUUCCGGAAGAACUUUUAUAUUGAAGUGAAAGAGCUCUCAAGGAUGACCCAAGAAGAGGUGACCGCUUGCAGGAAGGAAUUGGAGUUAAAGGUACAUGGGAAGGAUGUACCACGGCCUGUGAAAUUCUGGUACCAGACUGGAUUAACCAGUAAAGUUCUGGAUACCAUAAAGAAGCUUAAUUAUGAAAAGCCUAUGCCUAUUCAGACACAGGCACUUCCGGUUAUAAUGAGUGGUCGAGACUGCAUCGGAAUUGCGAAAACUGGGUCGGGAAAAACUCUCGCUUUUGUAUUACCAAUGCUGAGGCAUAUCAAGGAUCAGCCUCCUGUGGUUGCUGGGGAUGGGCCGAUUGGGCUAGUAAUGGCACCCACCAGAGAGCUUGUUCAACAGAUUCACAGUGAUAUCAGGAAGUUCACCAAGGUAUUGGGUAUCAGAUGUGUGCCUGUGUAUGGAGGAUCCGGAGUUGCCCAGCAAAUCAGUGAGCUGAAACGAGGGACCGAGAUUGUUGUGUGCACUCCCGGUCGGAUGAUUGAUAUUCUUUGCACGAGCAGCGGGAAAAUCACCAAUCUGAGGAGGGUCACCUACUUGGUCAUGGAUGAAGCUGAUCGCAUGUUUGACAUGGGUUUUGAGCCCCAAAUAUCUCGGAUUAUUCAAAACAUUCAACCGGACCGUCAAACUGUGCUGUUUUCUGCCACCUUUCCACGUCAAGUCGAAAUUCUGGCUCGGAAAGUGUUGAACAAACCCGUAGAGAUACAGGUUGGUGGAAGGAGUGUUGUGAACAAGGACAUAGCCCAGUUAGUCGAAGUGAGACCUGAAAACGAAAGGUUCUGGAGACUUCUAGAACUUCUUGGGGAAUGGUACGAGAAGGGGAAAAUUUUGAUUUUUGUCCACUCGCAGGAAAAAUGUGAUGCCUUGUUUAGGGAUUUACUUAAACAUGGUUAUCCUUGUCUCUCUCUCCACGGGGCUAAGGAUCAGACCGAUCGAGAAUCCACGAUAUCUGAUUUUAAGAGCAAUGUCUGCAAUCUGUUGAUUGCAACAAGUGUUGCAGCUAGAGGUCUAGAUGUGAAGGAGCUCGAGUUGGUGGUAAAUUUCGAUGUUCCAAACCACUACGAAGAUUAUGUCCACCGUGUGGGCAGGACAGGCAGGGCAGGACGAAAAGGCUGUGCUGUCACAUUUAUCUCAGAGGAAGAUGCAAGAUAUGCUCCGGAUCUCGUCAAGGCACUGGAACUGUCCGAGCAGCCUGUUCCUGAUGAUCUGAAGGCCCUUGCCGAUAACUUCAUGGCGAAAGUGAAACAGGGUAUUGAACAAGCUCAUGGAACUGGUUAUGGUGGUAGCGGAUUUAAAUUCAAUGAAGAGGAGGAAGAAGUUAGGAAAGCAGCGAAGAAAGCACAAGCAAAGGAGUAUGGUUUUGAGGAAGAUAAGUCCGAUUCAGAAGAUGAUAAUGAUGUUGUACGAAAGGCAGGCGGCGAUUUCUCGCAACAGGCUACUCUUGCUCAGAUAGCUGCCCUCGCUGCUGCCGCUAAAGCUACCGCUCCCAUGACUGCUCCUGUGCCCGCCGGUCAGUUGCUGCCGAAUGGUGGCGGGCUUGCUGCUAUGCCAAAUGUCCUUCCAGUUCCUGGCGUGGCUAUUCCCGGGGCUGCCGUUCACAGCGAUGGGGCAGCCCGUGCUGCAGCCAUAGCUGCUGCCAUUAACCUGCAACAUAACCUGGCUAAAAUCCAAGCCGAUGCAAUGCCUGAACACUACGAGGCAGAAUUGGAAAUCAACGAUUUCCCGCAAAAUGCUCGGUGGAAGGUUACCCAUAAAGACACUCUGGGUCCAAUUUCGGAGUGGACAGGAGCCGCCAUUACCACCAGGGGGCAAUAUUUCCCACCAGGACGUGCCCUAGGACCAGGGGAACGCAAGCUCUACUUGUACAUCGAAGGGCCUACCGAAAAAUCCGUCAAGACAGCCAAAACAGAACUCAAACGUGUUCUUGAAGACAUUACAAAUCAGGCCUUGUCACUUCCCGGUGGAGCACAACCCGGCAGAUACUCUGUCUUAUAAGUGCUCCUGGCCGGGAAAUCGAUCUCCAACACAUUCCAUCCUCGAGGUUAUCCUCUCGAUGGCAGUCGGGACCCAAACCCGACGUUUUUUUCUUCUUCUCCGGCCGAGAAUGCAGACCGCGGGGAAGAAGAAAAGAGCGGAAAUCUGGUAUUUAUUUUCUCUGCCGUUAAACACCAUAGCUCCGAGGUGUGGCUUUACAAUUUUUUAUCCGAUUCUUGUCGGAAUUGGUGAAGAAAUCGGCGGCCUAAAGGGGUUUAGGGAUGAGUUAGGGAACAAGACUGACUAUCUUCGCAGUUCCAUGAGAAACCUCAUUGCACUCUUCUUAUUACUUGAAUUCACACUACAGUUUUAGUUAUGCGUAAUCUGUUUUUUUUUUUUUUGUCGAAGUUCAUACUUUCUUUGGUAAUUAAUUUUUUUUUCGUUUCUUUAUGAAAAUGUGUAUCUGUACUUCUCAAAAUUCAGAACUUGUUUUUAUUC